GAGUUUGUUUGUUUAUACUAGCAAAUUAGCAAUUAAACAAAUCAGAAGAGUCUAUUUUGGUACGCGAUUGAGGUUUUAGUUAACCCCGCAGCUAAACCCAGAACAGUGAAGACGUUGCCCCCGUUUACAUAUAAAAGCCGAUCUCCAUCUCUUAGAUGCUCCCGUUCCUCCACCGUCUCCGGCCGACCGCCAUGUCCAUCGCCGCCGCUACUCUAGCUGCAUCUCCAUCUCUCUCCAUCAGGAAUCCUAGGUUAUUCCAACACAAUCCACUACUCGUUAAUCAAUCCUUUAUCGCAAUCAGUCUUCUCUCUUCCAGCUUCCGCAAUGCUUCCGUUCGCUGCUUCGCCGCCGCUACCGCCGAUAAAGUUCGAGUGCAGAACCCUAUCGUGGAAAUGGACGGUGACGAGAUGACGCGAGUGAUAUGGACUAUGAUUAAAGACAAGUUGAUAUUUCCGCAUUUGGAAUUGGAUAUAAAGUACUUCGAUUUGGGGAUAUUGAAUCGCGAUGCUACUGAUGAUAAGGUUACAGUCGAGAGUGCAGAAGCUGCGCUUGAGUACAAUGUUGCUAUAAAAUGUGCUACAAUUACUCCAGAUGAGGGCAGAGUCAAAGAAUACGGGCUUAAAGCAAUGUGGAGAAGCCCCAAUGGCACCAUCAGAAACAUAUUAAAUGGAACUGUUUUCCGGGAGCCUAUUUUGUGCCAAAAUAUUCCCAGAAUCGUUCCUGGCUGGAAGAAACCCAUUUGUAUUGGCAGGCAUGCCUUUGGAGAUCAAUAUCGAGCCACUGACACAAUUAUAAAAGGACCUGGAAAACUUAAAAUGGUUUUUGAGCCGGAAAAUGGGGGUGAAUCUGUAGAACUGGAUGUGUACCAUUUUAAAAGUCCAGGGGUUGCCCUUGCCAUGUACAACAUUGACGAGUCUAUUAGAGCAUUUGCGGAAUCAUCCAUGGCAAUGGCUUUUGGGAAAAGAUGGCCUCUCUACUUGAGUACGAAGAAUACAAUCCUAAAAAAGUAUGAUGGCAGGUUCAAGGAUAUAUUUCAGGAGGUAUAUGAAGAGAACUGGAAGAAAAAAUUUGAAGAACAUUCAAUAUGGUAUGAACAUCGCUUGAUUGAUGACAUGGUGGCUUAUGCAAUGAAGAGUGAAGGUGGAUAUGUUUGGGCUUGUAAAAACUAUGAUGGAGAUGUACAGAGUGAUUUACUUGCUCAAGGAUUUGGUUCUCUUGGACUCAUGACUUCAGUUUUGUUGUCUGGUGAUGGAAAAACAUUAGAAGCAGAGGCUGCUCAUGGGACUGUAACCCGUCAUUUUAGACUUCAUCAGAAGGGGCAAGAAACCAGCACAAACAGCAUUGCCUCUAUAUUUGCAUGGACACGAGGAUUAGAACAUAGAGCCAAGCUUGAUGGAAAUGAAAAGCUGCUAGUAUUCACCCACAAGCUAGAAGAAGCGUGCAUCGAGACUGUGGAAUCUGGAAAGAUGACUAAAGAUCUCGCUCUUCUAAUUCACGGGCCAAAGGUUUCGAGGGAGUGUUACUUGAGCACUGAAGAAUUUAUCGACGCUGUUGCACAAAAUCUUGAGUCCAAGCUUCGUACGCCGGUAACUGUCUAGCAUUUUGAUCCAUCAAAAUUUUCCGGAUUUGCCAAUAGCAUAACUCAUUUCUUAACUGAAUUUAUGGGUGAAAAUUCGUAGGCUGUAAAUGUUAUGUGAUAUGCGCUCUUUAAAUUCCAACUAAAAAUAUGAAUGCUGAAUGGAAUCAGUGAUAUUAUCUUACAGUGAAAAA